CCCGGCUUCGCCUCCUCUUGCCGCCGCUGCCGCCGCCGCUGCCGCUGCCCGUGCCGCUGCCGCUUCCCGCGGCCUGGGCCUCCCGCCGCCAGCAUGCCGCACGCCUUCAAGCCCGGGGACUUGGUGUUCGCCAAGAUGAAGGGCUACCCGCACUGGCCGGCCCGGAUCGAUGACAUCGCCGAUGGUGCCGUGAAGCCCCCGCCCAACAAGUACCCCAUCUUCUUCUUUGGUACCCACGAAACAGCCUUCCUGGGACCCAAGGACCUGUUUCCCUACGACAAGUGUAAAGAUAAGUACGGGAAACCCAACAAGAGGAAAGGCUUCAAUGAGGGCCUGUGGGAGAUCCAGAACAACCCCCAUGCCAGCUACAGUGCUCCUCUGCCGGUGAGCUCCUCCGACAGCGAGGCCCCUGAAGCCGACCCGGCAGGUGGCAGUGAGGACGACGAGGACCGGGGGGUCAUGGCCGUCACAGCCGUGACCGCUGCAGCCGCCAGCGACAGGAUGGAGAGCGACUCGGACUCGGACAAGAGCAGUGACAACAGCGGCCUCAAGCGGAAGGCGGUGGCCUUGAAGUUAUAACAAUAAGCCAUGCUC